UAGAAGACAACGGAUAGUUAUACGCGCCCUUUCAGCACACCAUUAGCGGAGCCGCCGCGCCUCGCGCUCCCACUCGAGCAGGCAGAGGAUGUCGCCCUCGCGCACGGGGCCCUUGACGUUGCGGAUGAUGGAGCGGUUCGGGUCGUCGAUGAACUCGACGCGGACCUGGGUCACGUUACCGGUGUUGCCCGUGCGGCCGAGCACGCGGUUGAUCUUCGCGAGCUUGAUCGGCGCCGUAUCCAUGGUGGAGCAGGCGACCGACUGUAGAUAUAGUCUGCGGUGGGGGGCGGAGGGGUUAGCGUAUGGCGCGGCGGCGGCGUUUGGGGGAAGGCGGGCCGCGUGCAAGCGACGGGGGAGCGCGCGACCGUUUUAGCACGUCGCUGAGCCGCAGAGACCACGCGUGCGCACUCCGACAAGCGGUGGCGUGCCCUGGGAGCGUGCGCGGGCCAGCGCGGUCGCCGCGCCGCUGAAUUGAGCAGGCCUCGAGGACUUGCUUUUAUCGGCGACGUACGCCCGCAGCUGCUCAGCGCGCUUGCAGUGGUGUCUGACAGGUCCCAGUGAGUCCGGAUACGAGUUCGCUGCGUCUGAGAGGGGUUUUAACUCACGUUUUAGGGUGCUUUUUGUCCGGCGAU